CUAUCAAAAUGAGACUGAGACUUUUUAUUCUUACUACCUUAUUCCUUACUUUAUCUUUGGCCUGGUUGGCCCAAUCUGCUCCUGCUGCCAUUAAAUUUCCUCCUGCCGCUAUCGAAGAAACCGGCCAAUUUCUUCUAGAAGACAAUCGACCACCUAUCUCUGCUCAUUUUUCUAAUAGUCCACUUGAUGAAUGUCGUUAUUGCGGUGGGUUCACACCUGACCAGUGUUCAAUAGCAUGUUACCGCUACGGCUAUAAGUAUUAUUGGUGCAGUACAUGUUAUUGCAAUUGUAGUAACUAGGGAUGACACGGACAAUCCAAUUUACAAAGUGUAGUAAAUUUCGAAUCUACUCAUAACUUUUGGUUAUUACGACCUUUGCUAUGUACAAUAAUAGCAGUUACAGUAUUGCGUUUUUUAUCAUUAUAGUUGAAGUUAUAUGAAUUAUAUGAUUGAAAAUUUUAUUUUUGUAAUAACUUUUUAUAAAUAAAAUAAUUUACUAAAGUACUUAA